UGCAUUCCUAGGCAGAGAUAUUUUCUUGUGAGGAAAAGAGAUAGAGAACUGCACCGGUGACGACCUGAGAACACGUUAUAAAAUGGCUAAUCGCUUGGGGUUGGUUACUAGCUUGAUUGUCGUGGUGAUGGCUUUGUUUAAGACUACAGCUGCAGACACUUACACAGUGGGAGAUGAGCUGCGCUGGACUAUCCCUCCUGGUGGCCCUAUUGCUUACUCAACUUGGGCUAGGUCGAAGAACUUUGAGAUCAAUGACACAAUAGUAUUCAACUGGAGUGAUACACACGAUGUGGCUGAAGUAUCCGAGGCUGAUUAUGACAACUGCACAAAGACAAAUCCUAUUGGCACCAUACAGCAGACCAGCCCUGCAAAUUUCACUUUGGAUUCCAACAGAACCCGCUACUUCAUCUGCACCAUCAACACCCACUGUGAGCUUGGCCAGAAGGUUACUAUCAACAUCGGAGAAUGGAAUUCAGCAUCUUCUCUGACGGUCGGCGCCUUGUCUCUACUUCUCUCCACCAUAGUUAUCUCCCUGUUGAGUUACCAGAUUUAAAUAUCGCCCGUCUGUCAUGGCAGAUUUCCUUCAUUGAUCAUACUUCCAUUGCUUUGGCUGAGUAGAAUUUUAUUUCAUCAUUUUGGGAAUCAAUAAAAAAGGAAAAAAAGAGACAUGAGUUGAUAUAUUA